UUCAAGACAAAUGAAAAUUCGAGAGAAGGCAGCAGCCAGCAAAGAGAGGUAGGUAAGGUAGCUCCCAAAAAAGGCACAACCCCUGAAUAAUCAAAGCCAAUAUCCAGUUUCCAAUCAAUCGAAAAGUCCAAAAACAAUCAAAGAGAUGAGCGGGAAGUUGGGUUGCGUAAUCGUGGCCGUUGAUGGCAGCGAAGAGAGCAUGAGCGGUUUAAAAUGGGCGCUGGAUAACGUCAAGCUUAAAUCCGAAGAUGGAUCCUUCGUCGUCCUGCACGUUCAAUCGCCGCCGUCCAUCGCCACUGGUCUUAAUCCCGGUCCCAUCCCCUUCGGCGGUCCUAGUGAUUUCCAGGUGCCGGCUUUUACCGCCGCCAUUGAAGCUCACCAAAAGCGGAUUACUCACGCCAUUUUUCAGCAUGCUCUUCAGAUUUGCUCUGAAAAAAAUGUGAAAGUUGAAACCAAGGUAGUUAUUGGGGAUCCAAAGGAGAAAAUUUGUGAAGUUGUUGAGGAGUUGCAUGCUGAUUUACUCGUGAUGGGGUCACGCGCUUUUGGUCCCAUUAAGAGGAUGUUUUUGGGAAGUGUCAGCAAUUACUGCAGUAACCGUGCUCAAUGCCCAGUCAUGAUUGUUAAGGGCUCUUCUUAAUGGCAAUUCACAUACUCGGCAAUCUUUGCUGAAAAGUCUCCACAGCAUGUGUAUAUGGAAGUUUAUCCAUCUUGAGAUUUAUUUAUCAUAAAAGGAUUUGUUCACGUUUCAACUGCAUGAUGGAUAUCAAACUUUAGGAUGGAAUGCUCUCGUUGUACAUCUGCAUCAACGCUAUUUCUGCCUCUGUUUUGUUGUUGUUGUUCCCAUAUGUAUGGCAAUUAUACUGAAGCAAACUCUGGGUUUGGACAAUUGGGCUUGUAAUAUUGCACUUUGUACGUUGAACGGUUGAUCCAUUGAUAUAGUUAGAUGAGGAUGAUGCUCAUUUCAUUCAUGCCUCUCUGACUAUGGAUUUCCGUAAUUUGUAAAUAUGGAUGUUAUUUCGCUCAAUUUGAAUAUGCAGAACAGUUUGUUGAGCUCA